UUAGUGUUCUCGGUUGGAUUUCAUUGUAAGAGCGUUGUUAGUGACUUUGCUUAAAUUAAAUUUCUUCACGAAGGAAAACAUAAAGACGAAGUGGAAGAAAAAAUAAAUUUGUGGGACAUUUUCUAUCUUGACGUGAUUUUUUUUUAUUUUACAAAGAACCAAUUUGGAUUAAUAUGGACAUCUCCACGAUUUUUUUAUUCAUCGUCACUUUCUAAUUUGUGAAGAUUGAAAGAAGGAAGAAAAACGAGAAUAAAAUCGAAAACUUUUUCCCCAUUAUUUGUGCAGUUCCUUCUUGUCUAUUUGAUUUUUGGGAUAUUUUAAUUGAAAUAAAUUGGGUGCAAUAAAAGAUGUCCGAAAAGAAGAACAGUACAGUGGGACUUCAAAUUGAAGCUCCAUUACCCGGGAAUUUUAUUGACGAUAUCGAGCAUGGAAAUCUACCAAAACCGCUUAAUUUGGAGGAGAAGAAAUAUCUGCUUGCUGUUGAACGAGGCGAUAUAGCAAACGUUCGAAGAAUGCUUCAGAGAGCUUUGAGAAGCCAAAAUAUCAACAUAAACUGUGUUGAUUCAUUGGGACGUGGCGCCUUGACCCUGGCAAUAGACGGCGAAAAUUUAGAAAUGGUUGAAUUAUUAAUUAUCAUGGGGGUUGAAACUAAAGACGCUUUGCUCGAGGCAAUUAAUCAAGAGUUUGUUGAAGCUGUGGAACUUUUGCUUGAGCACGAAGAAUUGAUUCGCAAAGAAGGAGAAGCUUAUUCAUGGCAAAAGGUCGACAUGAACACGGCUCAGUACCCACCUGAGAUUACACCGUUAAUCCUAGCAGCUCACCGAAAUAAUUAUGAAAUUAUUAAGCUCUUACUAGACCGCGGUGCGACAUUGCCGGCACCGCAUGAUAUCAAAUGUCCGUGUGAUGAAUGUAUUAAAAAAACCACUGAGGAUUCAUUACGUCAUUCAUUGAGUCGCGUUAGCGAAUAUCGAGCCUUAGCAAGUCCUUCAUUAAUAGCGCUCAGUUCGAAUGAUCCACUUCAAACUGCUUUUCAGUUGUCGUGGGAAUUGCGCAGCUUAGCCUUUUCCGAACAAGAAAGUAAAUCUGAAUAUUUAGAGCUUCGUCAUCAGUGUCAACAAUUUGCUGUUGAUUUACUGGAUCAAACGAGGUCUUCACAAGAAUUGGCAAUUAUUCUGAAUUAUGAUCCAGAAAGUCCGCCAUACAUGGAUGGAGAUCAUAUGAAGCUUAAACGACUUGAAAUGGCUAUCGAUUAUAAACAGAAGAAGUUUGUCGCCCACCCUAACAUUCAACAACUUCUGGCUAGUCUUUGGUAUGAAGGCGUGCCGGGAUUUCGACGCAAAACAACGAAAGCGAAGUUAUUCAUCAUCUCAAAAGUUGCGCUUUUAUUUCCUUUCUAUUGUUUGAUGUACAUGUUGAUGCCUUAUUGUCACACAGCAAAGAUAAUCAGGAAGCCUUUCAUGAAGUUCUUGAUACAUGCCUCAUCAUACUUGUUUUUCCUAUUAAUUUUAAUUCUUGUUAGUCAGAGGGCAGAGGUUCACGCUAUUAUGUUAUUUGGCACGGAAAGAAUGAAAAAAUCGAUGCUUGAGUCUUUAAAGAAGCAACGUGGGAAUUCACCGACACCACUGGAACUCCUUGUUGUGAUUUAUGUUGCUGGCUUUAUAUGGGAAGAGACUCUUGAGAUUUUCCAUGAAGGCAUUCGAAGUUAUUUGCGCAACAUGUGGAACUUCAUUGAUUGCACGAGAAAUUCGCUUUACUGCUUUGUGGUUUUGUUACGAGCGAUUGCUUAUUUUCAACAAAUCGCUGAAAUCAAUCGAGAUCCAAGUACUGCUUACAUACCGAGAGAAGAUUGGGACGAUUUCGAUCCACAGUUGAUUGCCGAAGGAUUAUUUGCAGCCGCUAAUGUCUUUUCAGCACUCAAACUUGUUCAUUUAUUCUCCAUAAAUCCUCAUUUAGGACCACUUCAAAUCUCCCUUGGACGUAUGGUUAUCGACAUCGUCAAGUUCUUCUUUAUUUAUUCUUUAGUGUUGUUUGCCUUUGCAUGCGGUUUAAAUCAGUUAUUGUGGUAUUAUGCGGAUUUGGAGAAGGCAAGAUGCUACAGUUUGCCUUCUGGAUUACCCGAUUGGAACAACGAAGGAGAUGCUUGCAUGAAAUGGCGGAAAUUUGGAAAUCUGUUCGAGUCAUCUCAAUCGCUGUUUUGGGCAUCGUUUGGUAUGGUGGGACUUGAAAACUUUGAGUUACUUGGGAUAAAAACAUACACGAGAUUCUGGGGGUUGUUGAUGUUUGGUUCGUAUUCGAUUAUCAAUGUAAUCGUCUUGCUGAAUCUUCUCAUAGCCAUGAUGUCAAAUUCCUACGCUAUGAUUGAACAACAAUCUGAUACCGAAUGGAAGUUCGCCCGCACGAAACUUUGGAUGUCUUAUUUCGAAGAGUCAGCAACACUUCCGCCUCCAUUCAACAUCUUCCCAAACGCAAAACAUUUCACAAAAUGUUUUCGACAAAAGCAGAAACGUGACAUCAAACAAGAAUCAACAAUUCGCCGGAAGGAAGAACGUGAACGAGCCAACCGAUACACGAAUGUCAUGAGAUCUCUCGUUUGGCGUUAUGUGUCCACAAUGCACCGUAAAUUUGAAGAAAGCCCUGUGACGGAAGACGAUAUCAAUGAAGUUAAGGGAGAAAUAUCAACAAUGCGGUACGAGUUGAUGGAAGUAUUCGAGCGAAAUGGAAUGGACGUUUCAAGUGCUGAUCGUAAAGAGAAAACGGUUCUUGCUAAACGCAUGAAGAUAUGGGAGCGGCGUUUAAUGAAAGACUUCCAAGUCGCGCCCGUUGAACAGCCCGAUGAUGAAGCUGAUGAAGAGAAUGCAGAAAAUCCAACUAAAGGAGAAUUGCCACUUGAAAGAUUCAAAAGAAUUUCGAAAUUGGUUGCAUCGCAGACAACGAGUGGAAUGUGGAGUGAAGUAAUAAGAAAAGCAACUAUUGAAGCUAACAGUCAGAUCGGCCGAAGCAGAAAACAUGAAAGUUUCAAGAAUCAACAGAAUUUAAUGAAGGCAAUGGAACAAGCAAGAAAGCUGAUUGAACGUGCGCCAUCGCCUUUAUCUCCAUGUCAUUCAAUUAAUUAUGACGUAAUUGAUCAAACGAAUCAAACUUUAGUUCAAUUGUUGAAGAAUAUUUCUGAUGAGAUUAAUGAAAUUUCACCACAGAAUACUUUGGAAGUGAAAGCUUCAAGAAGUCGCUCACGUUCUCCAAAUUUACAGAAUCUCAAUGCUCAGUUGCAAUCGAUAAUCAGCAAAACACCUUCGCCUUAUACAACGAGACAAAAGCCAAAGACUCCCCUAAUGCAAAUGAUUAAGCAAUCGUCGAGUGACUCUUCUACACAUUUGACUAUCUCAUCAAUGGAAGGAACGUUUAGCCCACCACCAAUGUCAGUUUCUGCAGCAACGAAACCAAGACGAGCAUCGGUUACAAAGAAUCGUUCACCAACUCCUGAAAGUAUGAAGUCAUUUGAAAGUUCAACACUUCUUAAUACUUCAACUCAGCCAGUCAUUCAAGUAGAAGGUGGAGAUGAACAAACAAAUCUCAAAACGUCACCAAAGAAAUUGAUUGAUGAGUGUCCAUUGAAGCAAAACUCAAGCAAUUCAGUGAAAGUCAUCAAAAGAAAAGCCCCACAAGCAGGUCCAGACAAUAUUGCAGUUUCUCGUCCAAUAGUUCCUGAACCUCAUGAAAAUCAAGGAAUGAUUCCGCCACCCCCAAAAGAAAUAAAAUCUGUUCAAGUUCCGACUUUAUCAAUGACACCAGCAACUCCUUUGCUUCCCGUUAAACCGAUUAUUGUGGAAAAUGUUAAGAAGAUUGAACCGGAAAAGAAGGAAAUUGAAAUGAAUCCAAUAAGUGAACCAGCUGUCAUUGCUUCAUCUUCAGUUGGUCAGUUUAGUAGCACUGAAAAGUUAAUCCCAUCAAAGGAAACGUCUCCGAAGAGAGCUUCUUCUCCAAUAUGUCUCAGACCAGCCAACAAAAUUGAAGAUGUAAAGACGAUCAAACGACAGACAAAGACUGGAUGGAUUUGAAUAUUUUAUGGCGCUACGUAAAUAAUUUCAAUUGAAAAUUGAGUGAUGAAAACAUCGAUAAACGUAUAAAAAGCGUUUUUCCUUCUCUUUUCACCUUUUGAUUUAAAUUUUUCUUCUCUUCCCGCAAUGCGAUCAAUUCUCAUGCAUAAAUCAUUCAAUUUUACUUUUCGUUCUAAUAAAACAACGAGGAAAUUUUUCGCAGGAAUUGUAAAAUAACUGGAAUUUGAAUUAUCGAUUGAUUUUCUUCUUUACGAUUUCAAACAUCGUGAAAUUUCCUUCUCAUUUGCUGCUUUUUUUAUUUUCUUUUAUCGACGUUUAACUUACGAUGUUAAAAGUUAAUGAAAGCAGUUGCGAGAAAAUUACGUGACCUUUCAAAAAAGAUUCUCUCUGUUAAAUUUUCCCUAAAAAUCAAAUUUAUUUGAUGUUUUUAUUCCAAUCGAUUACCCAUAAGUAUGAAGUGAAGGAAGAAACAACAAAACAGAUUUUAAUACUCAUGAAUAUAUUUCAUUUUAUUAUUAUUAUAAACUGCAAGAUCUCUCAAGGAUGUCAAUUUGAAAGUCCUUGAGUCGUGUUUUGUUAUUCUUUCAACAACCGACAAAUUAUCACCGUGAAUGUUUCUCUUCUAUCCUCCAAUUUCAAAAAUAUCGUGGAGGAUAAAUGAUUUGAUAUUAUGCUAAAAUACCUAAAUAUCUGCUUUGUUCUUGGCUCUUUCUUUUAAUAUCAUAAAUUUUUCAAAGAAACGACGCUUUACUUUUUCUUUCAUCUCGCGUUAUUUAGCUAAGGAGUAAAAAUAUAUUUUUACGUAAUUUUCUGAAUUCCUUCUUCAAGAAUUUUAUUUUCAAGGCUUUUGCAAGACAAAAUGCAAAAUAUUCUACUUUUUUCUUUUUAUUUUUGUUGUUUCUUAUCCCUCCCACUCUUCACAUGUGAUUUUUGCCGCUGCAUGAAAUAUUAAAGCAUGCUUAAGGUUUUAUGAAGACAAACAUUUAUUCUGAUGUAUGUAACAUUUUUUUAAAGGCAUAUCAUUAUACACAUAUAUUUAUAUCCUGAAGACUUGACAAAGAAACUUAAUAAAAACUUCGGAAAUAAAAUCAGAAAAUAAUAUAA